UUGAUCUUAUCCCGGAAUUCUUCAUCAUGCUGCGUUUCGACGCACAGCUUUUCCUUUGUCUCCCACCAUGGGAUGCUGCGGAGAAGACGAGGACGACCUCCUCCGGACCCUCGUCUCCCCAAUCCCUAACCCUAACCCCGAAACCUUAGAGAUUUCUACCGCUGCCGGCCCCUCCUCCGACGAGGUGCUCUCCCCGAUGAAUUCCAACUUCUCCGCCCUCGUCUCCCGGGACCUCCUCCGGGCGAUCCUGGAGAUCUUGCCGCCGGCGGACCUGGCCCGGGCGGCGUGCGUCUGCCGGCUGUGGAGGGCGGUGGCGUCGGAGCGGGAGAUGCUGGAGGGGGCCUUCCGGGCGCCGUGGAAGGUGAAGCAGGUGCUCGGGGAGCCCUCCUCGCCAGCCUUCUGGCGCCAUCCCGCCCUCGAUCGCUUCGCCAUCUCCCACCGCCUCCGCCGCGGCGACACCGUCGCCAGCCUCGCUCUAAAGUACUCUGUCCAGGUAAUGGACGUCAAGCGUUUGAACAAUAUGAUGAGCGACCAUGGAAUAUACUCCAGAGAGAGGCUUCUGGUCCCCAUUAGCAAACCGGAGCUUCUUCACAACAGCACCUGCUACAUUGAGUUGGAUGUGCACGCAAAAAGAGAAGUUGCAGUAUUGUAUUUGGAGGGUGGUCCUGACCAGAAAGCUGGUUAUCUGGGGAACCGGGCUAUUACAGACAGAGCCAGAAGGACAAUACUCGACUCAGUGAAGCGAAGUAUGCAAGUGGAUGAUGGAACUGCAGAAUACUAUUUGUCUGUUUCAGAUGGUGAUCCAAGGGCUGCUAUGUUGCAAUUCUCUGAGGAUCUGAGGUGGGAGCAGCGGAUGAGAGGCCUUUAGUUUGAUUGAAGACAAUUAAUUGUCCGUAAUGGUGGCAAUAGCUUUAAAAAGUACUGUUUCCAAAUCCAUUAUGCUUUGGCUCUGCUGUUUCAUAGUUUACAAUACUGGCGCACAAAUCUUUUAUGUAUGUACUUGUGAUCCACAACUCUAAAUUAAAGACCGGUGCUAUUGUAGAAUACCAUGAGUGUUUAUGUAUUCAAAACUUCCAAUAUGAAGCCACUUAUUUAAUUCCUUGUCA